AACAUGUGUACAAUGUAGAUACCCCAUGCUUUAUAACCCGAACCGGAAUUUGUCAUAAUUAUAAUCAAGUACUAACUUACAGAUACGAAUAUCUUUAAUGGCAACUGCUUCAUUCAUUAACGAAGGCUACCAACCGGUGGGGGGUGUUUCACCCCGACAACAAUCUAACCGAAUUUCAUCACCCGGACAAAACAGCCGACCCUCAACUGCCCUUGAAUCAGAAAGGACUUUUUGUCAACCUUCCAGUUUAAAUCUGGAUUUGGAUAGAGCCCAACAAUCAUCUUCGUCUUCGAGUUACAAUGGUGCUACCAGAGAACAGAACAAUCCGCGAAGCAGCAACACUUCGACUUCUAAAAACAACGACACAAAUCAGAACAAGAUAGAAACAGCGAAAGGGAUCCUAAUGCGAUCGGACGAUUUCCUAAAAACCUCCACUCUCACGUCACGUGACACUAAUAGAUUGACCCAAUGCGACCCUUCGGCGCCCCAAUUGUGGGACUUGGACUCGUUGACCUUGAAUGAUACGACGCAGGAGCUGUACGGAGAGUUGGUUGUGUUUGGUACCACCCCCUCUCGUUUCCCGGGUGGGAACUCAGCGAGGAGGAGAUCGAAACUGCAGCUGAGAAGAAGAAGUAGGCCGAAUGGAGUGGUUCCUCACAAGGAGUACUACAGCAAUGGACAACUUCCUCAACAUCACUUCAACCACAAGGAAAACGGAACUUCAUCUUCUUCUGGCUCUAACCACGUGGUGUCCUAUUCUCUGAGCAGGACACGUGCCUAUGUGGUGGAGUAUGCAGACUGUGCAGACAGUGACAUGUUCCAAGUGGGCAGAUCCACCGAGAGCAACAUCGACAUGGUACUCAUCGACACAGUACCGGGUGCUACUAAACUGGAAGAGUGUACAAAACCAGAAUCCACCAUCUCUCGCUACGCCUGCAGAAUAGUGGUGGAAAGGGGUGGUAUGAGGAAUAUGGGCGGAGGAGGGGGAGGGGGAGGGAUGAUGGUGGCAGCUACAGCUAGUAGACCCAGGAUAUACGCUGCUGGCUUCGAUCACAACAGGAGCAUACAAUUGGGCGAAAAAGCUCUCAAGUGGCAAGUAAAGCAAAACCCAGCCAUGAUGUCACCCAACAACAACAAAGACAACAACAACAAAAAGGGACAAUCAGCCCACACUAACACGUCUUCAAUGGACACAUCUCAACACGACGGACUGACCACUAAUGGAGUGUUAAUUUUGAACCCUGAUGAAAAAGGGAGCUUCAAGAAUUCAGUGUGGCGGGAGGUGUCCAUUUGUGGGCAUAUUUACACAAUGCGAGAGAGCAAAAAUAAAACUGUUGUGCACAAGGUUCCAGAUGAGACGAAUGAGUUGAGGGAUGGAUGUCUGAUUGAUCUCUGCGGGACUACUUUAUUGUGGAGGUCAGCUGAUAAUGCACACUCACUCACAGACGAACAGGACUUCGUCGAAAAAGUGCAGCGGGCAAUCAACAACAAGCGACCACAGUGUCCGAUCAGUUUCAACACUCUCUAUCUUCCCAAGAGUAGGAAACUAAACACUCCCUUUAUACAGCAGGAAGGACAGGGAAUUGAUGAUCACGCAGGACAGAAGGAUCGAAAAACCACGGCAGCUAAUCGUCGUUCAAGUCGAACACCACUGCCAGAUCUCUCAGAACAAAACAACAAUGACAAUCAAAACAACAACAUGAACACAUCCACGAUAUCACGUGACCCUAGCUUCAUUGCAAACAGUCGUCCCUAUGCGUGCUUCCCCUGUGGCCAUGUAUACGGCUACUUCGAUGCUCCCCCACCUAUGCGCACACCUGGUGGGGGUACUCCUGAAGUGAGGGAACAAUCCACUGAAGGGUACUCUUCAAAUUUGCCAUCACCAUCAGGACCACCCAUUCUCGAAGGUGUAUCUUUGACCUGCAGUACAGAGCGUGAGUGUCCCCUGUGUAGAGAGAAGAGUGUGCUAGUUGCAUUGUCACUGGGAGACGAACCCGCAUUCCACAUGGACAGUGAGGAACCCACUUAUGCAUUCAACCCAUGUGGACACACUUGCUCAUAUGCCACUGCAAAACAUUGGAGCAGUGUCUUGAUCCCCAGCAGCAACGGGGGCAAGAAACUAUGUCCCUUCUGUGCCACUACUACGGACAUACAGAGGCCAUACGUGCCACUCAUUUUCCAAGACAGAUUCAUUUAGUUUAAUUAUUCAACAAUACGAGCCACAUCUUCCUUUCUUGUAGUCUAAACCCGAAAAGGUUUCUGGUGGAUUUUUUGUUUCUAUUGCCCGGAAUGUUAAAGUGACUGAGAGGAAUCCAUUUUCUCUUUCAGUAAUUAUUUCGGCCACUUCUAGCCAUUUGAUUGUUUGACUUCAAGCGAAUUUGAUGAAUUGAGUUUCUAUUUGAUUCAAG